AUGGAAAUCCCUGAACCAGAAGAUUUUAAACAUAAGCCUCCCAUGGCAAACCAGAUAAACUACAGUAUUCCCUCUGACCUCUCAGAUGAACCAACUGAGCCCACGUACCUGGGUUUCUAUAUCCUCAUUUUCAUUCUUGGCGUCUCCUUCAAUUUUUUCGCCCUGUGGAUUUUCUGCUGCAAAAUGGAGAAAUGGACGGAGAUGAGAGUGUACAUGAUCAACCUCACUCUGGCAGAUUUCUGUGUCCUCUUAAUCUUGCCUUUCGUGAUUUAUUCAAGCAACCAGAAGAUAGCCCAAACGCAUCCUAUUUGCCUCAUCUCUGAGAGUACUUAUUUAAUCAAUAUGCUUAUGAGCGUAUGGAUAAUCACGUGCAUAGCUGUUGAUCGAUACAUCUUGAUCAAAUAUCCUCUGAAAGCCCGAGGAUGGAAGUCACCACAGAAGGCAAUGGGAAUUUGUGGAGUUCUUUGGAUCACCAUAAUCGGUUCCGUUUCUUCAACUACAGUCCUCAACUCCCAAAAUGAAGAGAUUUGUUUUGAAGACCAGACAAGAGAGAAUCCAUACAUUUUGCUAAUUGGAGUCUGUCUUGGAUUCUUGGUACCUCUAAUUAUUCUGACCUUUUGUUCUAUUCAAAUCAUCACAAGUCUCUGGAAGAAAAAAAAGUCAGACACUCAGGGAGAAAAUUUAAUCCAGAAAGCAAUCUUAAUUGUGUCUGUAAAUUGGAGCAUUUUUAUCAUCGGUUUCCUUCCUUUCAAUACCAUAUUGCUAGUUAAGUGUGUGGCUGCUCUGUGUCUCAUUGAAAUACCAGUGUCUAGAAAGCUUCUACAACUGUCUGUCUGUGUGGCCAACGCUAACUGCUGCCUGGAUGCCAUUAGUUAUUACUUUGCGGUGAAGGAAUUUCAGGCAAUUCCUUCUUUCUUAACCAAGUCUCGUUUUUUGGAGAAAAAGAAAAUCCAAGAUUCAGAAGUAUGA